CCUCUCAUACAGCCUCUGUCCUCUUUUAAGUGGGAAAACCUUCACAAGUGAUGACUGACCAGAUACUUUUUUGGAGCAUUCUAUAUACAUUGUAGAAUAAAUGGUAGUGGCAAGUAUUAACAAGUCUUUACAGUGCGAAAAAUUGACAGUUAAAUCCAACAGAGACAUUUAGUAGAGUAAGUGGUGAUUCUGUCCAUGUUUUAUUGCCGUGUGACAGAAUACAGCACAUUUUUUAUGUAGGGGGCGACCAUGUGCUAGUAAAAAGUAGAUUGUAAACACCAAGGGUUACAUGCAUGUUCUUUUGGGGCGUUCAUGAACACGUGUCACAAAUUUUCUGGAUAAAUGAAACCUCUAAAAAAAUCCAAAUAAAAGGAAAGGCUUGUUUUCACCCCAAAAAGACUUUAAACGAUAGGAUGCUACUUUUUUUUUAAUCAAUUAUUGGAACAAUUCUAAAAAUUCCAUGAUUUACGUAUGUAAAUUUUCUUUUAUCUAUUUUGUAACAAGUUUUUGGGUUUAUUUAAACAGAACAUUGAGAAUGCCAGAGGAUUGCGAGGAUUGAUAUGUUACAAAAAUACAUUACGAUAAAUUAAAAAUAUUCAGACGGACAAUAUGAACAUGUAGCUUUUUUUACUUUUGGUAAUGGUACCAUUUUGGUACUUUUGGUUUCUAUUUCUUUACUUAUUAAGCGGCGAAAUGAAAAAAAGAUUAUUGAAUUUGUGAAAUUUACCAAAUAUAAGAUUAAAUUACUCUUAAGCACAAGUUCAUCCUAUGCGUGUUUGUUUGUUUGUUUAUUUGAAUUUCUCCUCUUUUGCCGCAUCUUUGCCUUUCCUGCACUUCAACCGACCUCCAUAACCUGCAGCUAAUUCUAUUGGUCGACACCGCACAUCCUCUUAAGCAAACUCGCUUCCCAUUUGUUCACGGGAACGUCCAUCACCGCACUUCCGUCCGUUUGGCCGUUUUUGAUUGGCCAAUGCUUCCCCUCUUGUCUCCUCCCUCCUCCUGGGUCGAAGCCGCUGUGUCCCCGGUCUGACACGUUCUUGGCCAAAUUCUCCACGGUGUAAAAAUUGGAGCCCCCCUUCUUUUUUCCAGUAACUCUCCAGAAACAUCCUCCGGAGAUCCCUGCAGCAGCGUCGAUAUUUCUGUUUAGAAAACACACCGAGCCCUUAGAAGAUGGCGGUGGUGAGCGGAAUGUUGGGGUCGGCAGUAGCCCGGCUCGAGGGCCGGGAGUUCGAGUAUCUAAUGAAGAAAAGGUCGGUGACUAUCGGUCGGAACUCCUCCCAGGGCUCGGUGGACGUCAGCAUGGGGCACUCCAGCUUCAUAUCCCGGAGGCAUCUGGAAAUAUUCACGGCCGGAGAAGACGGCGUGGGGGAGUUCUAUCUGCGCUGCCUCGGGAAAAACGGGGUGUUCGUGGAUGGGGUGUUCCAAAGAAGAGGGGCUCCACCUCUGCAGUUGCCACGCAUGUGUUGUUUCCGCUUCCCCAGCACCAGCAUAAAGAUCACAUUUACAGCCCUGAACAGUGACAAGAAGGAGCCGAGGAAUGUGCCGGAGUCCCCCGUCAAGCCAGUCCAACCUCAGAUUUCCCCCCUCACCAUUAACAUUCCUGACAACAUCGCCCACCUCAUGAGCCCGCUGCCCUCCCCCACGGGGACCCUCAGCGCUGCUAACUCCUGUCCAUCGAGUCCACGGGGGGCGGGGCUCUCCAGCUACAGGGCAACCCGGGGGCUCACCUCUGACCUCAUCGUAGACAACUCCCAGACAGAAAACGACAAGGAGGCUUCAGGUGAAGACAGUCCAAAGGAUGACUCUAAGCCUCCAUAUUCAUAUGCACAACUAAUAGUUCAAGCCAUCACCAUGGCUACAGACAAACAGCUGACCCUGAAUGGAAUUUAUACCCACAUCACCAAGAACUACCCGUACUACAGAACCGCGGAUAAAGGCUGGCAGAACUCGAUCCGACAUAACCUGUCCCUGAACCGCUACUUCAUCAAAGUGGCCCGGUCCCAGGAGGAGCCGGGUAAAGGCUCCUUCUGGAGAAUCGACCCGGCCUCCGAGGCUAAGCUGAUAGAACAAGCCUUCAGGAAGCGCCGGCCCAGGGGGGUUCCCUGCUUCCGGACCCCCUUAGGUCCUCUGUCCUCCAGGAGUGCCCCAGCUUCUCCCAACCACACGGGGGCGCUGUCUGCCCAUUCCAGUGGGGUUCAGACUCCAGACAGCUUAUCCAGGGAGGGGUCCCCAGUUCCCAUGGAGUCAGAACCAGCUCCCCCACCCCCCACUGUGGUCCAGCCAAAACUUGCAGUGAUUCAAGAAGCCCGCUUUGCACAGAACUCCCCCGGCUCCCCCCUCAGCGGCCAGCCUGUGCUCAUCGCAGUGCAGCGCUCGAUGAAGCCCGUUACCUACGCCAUGGCAACGCCCGCCAUCGUAAACACUACGGUCAGCUCUGCCCCCGUCAUGCAGACCGUGCACGUUGUCCACCAGAUCCCAGCUGUUACCAUGGCAACAGUGUGUGGACAGCCUCUGUCGGCGAGCCCGGAACCGCAAGAGAAUCGAGGAUCGAAUCACAAAGAGAUGAAAGUUAAGGUGGAGCCACUCCCCUCUAUAGGCGGAGUCAGCCGCAUCAUUCAGAGCACCCAGGCUCCGCCUCUGACAACAGUCACUAUUGUGCAGCAGGCCCCAAUAGGUCAGCACCAGCUGCCUGUGAAGGCCAUCACCCAGAAUGGGACACAUCUGGUUCCCAUCAGCACUGCAGCAUGCACAGGAAACCCUCUUCAUCUACUGGCGGCUCACGCGUCGGCUUCGGCGUCCCUCCCCACCAAGAGGCAGAAUGGAGAACUGCAGGAGCAGCCUGAGUCCAAGAGGGCCAAAGGGGAGGAAGAGGAGGGCAGCGAGGAAGCAGCUUCCACCACCAACAAUGGCAGCACAGACGCAGCUGGAGAGGACGGCAGCAACUAGCCUUCUAACCCAGACUACCUUCAACCCCCCCACCCCACCCAAAGUCCUGCUUUCAUUCACCCAGAGCCCCCGUCUUCUCCAAGGUGCCAAAAAGACUUCAGAAUGUGCCGCCCCCCACUGCCGAACUCUUCCAUUCUAACUCCGGGACACGACAUGCAAAGACUCGAGUCAUGGAGGGAAGUGGGCCGUCCCUGGUGACGGGGGUGGGGGGAGGGGUGAGCAUCAACGUCCAGGUUUUGGAAACCUCACCAGACAGGAGGGGGGGGGGGGGGGGGGUGUCUCUCCGGAGCAUUACAGACUCGAACCAAACAGUUGCUGCAUCCGUUUCCCACUAAGGAAACGCCCGGCCGUGUGGACAUUCCCGUUCUUGGCAGCUAGCCUCCACUCCCCCCCCCCCCCCCCCUCCCCCAGCAGAAAGGCGGUUUUCUGUCGGAUCUUGGAAACAUCUCAACGUGGGAUCUUGGGAAGCUUUCUGUUGUUUUGUGUGAAAUGAAUGUAGUCUUUCUGUACCUCGAAGAAAACACUACAGAGUGAAUGCUCUUUCCGUUUCUGGCCGUACGUACGUCAGAUUUUUUUCUGUUCAUAUUUUACAAAUAUCCUAUGAAAUAAGACGUAUAUUCUCCUGUGUAUGUGAGCGUACUCAUGCAUGUUACGGGUGUCGACGCCGAUGAUCUGAACACAACAGUUAGACUGAAUCCAGGCUUUAUGAUUCUGACCGUGCUGCACUUCAACUUUUGUUUUUUCAACUCUGUUCAGAUUGCAGGAGGAGAAAUAAGUGAUUAUUCUGCUUCAGUGUACAAAACAAAAAGCUUUCUUUUUUAUAAAUUUAUUUAAAACUGUUCUUCUCAGUUUCUGUAUCUCUUUGAGUAAACUCCUGCUGAAAAACCCUAAA